CAAUUUAUGGAGUUUGAUGAAGACCACUCUGGAGACAUAGAUAUAAUGGAGCUCAAACGAAUGAUGGAGAAACUGGGUCAAGCUAAGACGCACCUGGAGCUGAAGAAGAUGAUCCAAGAAGUAGACACAACUAAAAAAGGCACCAUCAACUAUCCCGACUUCCUAACAAUGAUGCUUGGAAAAAAGAACAGCAUACUGAAGCUGAUCCUAAAGUUUGAAGAGAUGAAGAAAGAAAAGGAAAGACCAAAAGGCGUAGCACCCAAGAAAUCACUAGCAGAUUUGCCUUGAGAAGACAGCUCAGCUAUAGUACGCACAUAGUUAAGAAAACUGCGAAAUAAUUUGCAUCUUGUAUUGUAAUCGCUACAAAAUAACACACAAUAAUAAUAAUGAUAAUAAUAGUAGUAGCAAGCGUCUUAUCGAGUGGAAAUUUUUUGAAUUUUAUUUUUGUAAAAGAAUAAAGCAAUCAAACUAAA